GCUACUCAAUUGAGUAACAUUUUCUCCGUUCAACGGUUUAUUACUACUAUUAAUAUUCGUUGUAUGUACCGAAAUUGUUUUUCUCUUUUCUCUAUUCUCUUUAAGAACAACAAUCGAGAAAUCAUUAUAAUAGAAAGCCCGCUCGCCUUUUAUUGACAAUUAAAAUUUCUUCGGCGGAGAUGAGAAGUAGUAACGAACGCCGUACUCCGAACGGCGGAGGAGGUUGUUAUAGUUAUGAGAGUGAACCUGACUUGGCAGCUAUGGUUAGUGAUUUCCUGGAAAGUAGUAGUACUAGUAGUGCUGAGUCGAGGCAUAGCAGUGAUAAUAAUGAUUCCGGUUACUCUGAUCUCUCUCUUCUAGCUGAUAGAAUAUCGCUGUACAAGAACUCAGUGGAUCAGUAUGAAAGUGACUUAACAAUGGUGGUUCAUUCCCUUAUUCUUUCAAUGACCGAUUCUUGCCAUAUUGGCAAGCCCGAGACUUGCAAUGCGAGCUGCGUCAGAUCUUAUCUAGUGAAGCUCCUCCAGUCUUGCGGUUAUAAUGCAGAUAUGCGUGCAACCAAGUGGCAGGGUUGUGGAAGAAUUCCUGGAGGUGAACAUGAGUACAUUGAGGUGAUCUCCCAUGGAAAUGAUGGAUGCUUCGAAAGGUAUAUCAUUGAUAUUGACUUCCGGAGCCACUUCGAAAUUGCAAGAGCGGUCAAAUCCUACGAUGUGGUCUUGAAUUGUCUUCCAGCAGUUUAUGUUGGCACAAUAACAAAGCUCAAGCUGUAUCUUCAGGCUAUGGUAGAAGCAGCAAAAUGUUCUCUCAAACAGAAUUCAAUGCCUCUUCCGCCAUGGCGAUCCCUUGCCUAUCUAGAAGCCAAGUGGGAAUCAUCCAGUCAAAAAGUAGUCAAUAUUCAGGUCCAAAGUAGCGUCAGCCCCUCUAAUUCCUCCCAUCGGCAUUGUACCGAGCUGCUGUGGAGGAUAAAAUCCUGUAUUGGAUCUGAAAUCAAGCCCAAAGGACUCUUGGUACCUAUGAACUGUAGAAAGAGGCAGGGGCUAAAAAUCGGAUUGAGUCAUUCUUCUCCGGUGACUCCAUGAUCUUGCAUUGAUCAGAAAACACAAUUUUGUUCGACAUCAACUUUCUGAACGUUUUUGUUAUCUCUUCAUUUCCACUUACAACAAAUUACAGAAGCUUGAAGAUGAGGUAAAACACUGCAGCUUUAGUAUUUUGUAUCAUAAUAACACGACCGGGGAGUAUCUUGUUCAUGUGCUACCACGAUCAAGGUUUUGCAGUUUUGGUUUUCUACAAGUAGAGUUUUGCCUUUGGUUUUGUUUUAGCAUCUCGCUACCGUAAUAUAGAAUAUAUUGUGCAAAUUUUGCCAGUGAACAGGUUUCCCCAAUUUUUUUUUACCUUCUUGGUCUAAAGAUCAUAUUCAAUUUGAUUCUUUCCUGAUAAUUCCUCCCUUGACACUUGACUAAUCACCCCCGAUAUCCUUUUUUAUGAAAGGGUUUAAGGUCUAUUCUUUUCAUAUCAACAAACUUGAGAGUUGAGCCUCGCUUUUAUCAAUAUAUGAAUUGGCUCAUGGCUAGUGGAUGAUCUCAUUGUAAUGACAAUUUCUUUCUUAUUGACUUAUGUACUGUGUACUGUUGAGCAGGAGCUCAUUUGGCAUUCUUUACUCAUGGGCCAGAUGUUUGGAAGUAUAAUUGUGUCUUUUAGAUUGAUUUAUCGUUUGACAAGAAAGCAUUUAGAAAUGCAAGUUCAGAUUGAUUUAUAAUGUUCCUUAUGUUUGGAAACUCCUAACCGUUCAUUUAGAUUGAUUUAUAAUGUAUCUUAUAUUUGGCGUUA